ACAUGAUGUCGCUGUUUACCAGGGAGUGUUCUCUAGGAAGGAAAAUAGCCAGGCUAGAGUCCUUUGUUACUCAGAUGAGCUGAACAAUAGGAGAAGCAGGAAGAUUUGAACAGGGACUAGACUUCUAAUUUUUUGGAAAUCACGAUCCUUUGAUUUGACCAACUCACCAGAGGACUGGAAGUGAUGCCUUCUUUGAGGAGGGGCCCAGGGGUCAGGCAGUGUCUGCUGCUCUCGGUUUUUCUCCUGGCGGUCUGGGAGACAGGGAGUGGCCAGCUCCACUACUCCAUCCCGGAGGAAGCCAAGCACGGCACCUUCGUAGGCCGCAUCGCGCAGGACCUGGGCCUGGAGCUGGCCGAGCUGGUGCCCCGCCUGUUCAGGGUGGUGUCCAAGGACCGCGGGAACCUUCUGGAGGUAAAUCUGCAGAAUGGCAUUUUGUUUGUGAAUUCUCGAAUCGACCGGGAGGCGCUGUGCGGGAGGAGCGCGGAGUGUAGCAUCCACCUGGAGGUGAUCGUGGACAGGCCGCUGCAGGUUUUCCACGUGGAGGUGGAGGUGAGGGACAUUAACGAUAACCCGCCGGUAUUUCCAAUGACUGUAAAGACUAUCCAGUUUCCUGAAUCAAGGCUGCUUGACUCGAGGUUUCCUUUAGAGGGAGCAUCUGAUGCAGAUAUCGGAGUAAAUGCUCUUCUCUCCUACAAGCUAAGCCAUGAUGAGUUUUUCUUUCUAGACAUACAAACAAAUGAUGAACUAAGCCACUCAUUGUUUCUUGUCCUGGGGAAAUCUCUGGAUAGAGAGGAAAGGGCCGAGAUGAAUUUAUUAUUAUUAGCUACUGAUGGGGGCAAGCCUGAGCUAACCGGUACCAUUCAAAUACUUAUUAAGGUAUUAGAUGUGAAUGACAACGAACCUACUUUCCCCCAAUCUGUUUACAAAAUACAAUUGUUAGAAAACACUGAAAAUGGAACCUUAGUGGUUAAAUUAAAUGCUUCUGAUGCAGAUGAAGGAUCGAACAGCGAGAUUGUGUAUUCACUUAGUAGUGAUGUGUCUUCCACUACACGGACAAAGUUCAAAAUAGAUCCUACCUCAGGGGAAAUCAGAACUAAGGGGGAAUUAGACUAUGAAGAAAGGAAAUCCUAUGAUAUUCUGGUCACUGCAUCUGACAAAGGAAUCCCACCAAUGUCAGGACAUUGUAAAAUUUCGAUAAAACUUGUGGAUAUCAACGAUAAUGCACCAAAAGUCUCAAUAACGUCUCUCUCACUUCCUGUCCAAGAGGACGCUCCACUGGGCACAGUCAUCGCCCUCAUCACAGUGUCAGAUCGCGACUCAGGCAUCAAUGGGCAGGUGACUUGUACGAUAACUAUUCAAGUCCCCUUCAAGCUGGUGUCCACUUUCAAGAAUUACUAUUCGAUGGUGUUGGACAGCGCCCUGGACCGCGAGACCACGUCUGACUAUAAGGUGGUGGUGACUGCGAGGGACGGAGGCUCGCCUUCGCUGUGGGCCUCGGCCAGCGUGUCCGUGGAGGUGGCUGACGUGAACGACAACGCGCCUGCGUUCGCGCAGCCCGAAUACACGGUGUUCGUGAAGGAGAACAACCCGCCGGGCGCCCACAUCUUCACGGUGUCGGCGGUGGACGCGGACGCGCAGGAGAACGCGCUGGUGUCCUACUCGCUGGUGGAGCGGCGGGUGGGCGAGCGCGCGCUGUCGAGCUACGUGUCUGUGCACGCGGAGAGCGGCAAGGUGUAUGCGCUGCAGCCUCUGGACCAUGAGGAGCUGGAGCUGCUGCAGUUCCAGGUGAGCGCGCGGGAUGCUGGUGUGCCUGCCCUGGGCAGCGACGUGACUCUGCAGGUGUUCGUGCUGGAUGAGAACGACAAUGCGCCCACACUGCUGGGGCCUCCCGCGCGCAGCUCGGUGAGCGAGCUGGUGUCUUGGUCAGUUGGUUCAGGGUUUGUGGUUACUAAGGUGCACGCGGUUGACGCGGACUCUGGUUACAAUGCCUGGCUGUCCUAUGAAUUGCAACCAGCUGCGGGUAGCUCGCGCAGCCCUUUCCGAGUGGGUCUGUACACCGGUGAGAUCAGCACGACCCGAGCCCUGGACGAUGCAGAUGCACCGAGCCAGCGUCUGCUGGUGCUGGUGAAGGACCAUGGAGAACCAGCGCUUACCACUACCGCCACUGUGUUGGUUUCUCUGGUUGAGACCAGCCAAGCCCCAAAAGCCUCCUCAAGGGCCUUGGUAGAUGCUGCCAGGCUGGAGGGGUCGCUGGUGGAUGUCAACGUGUACCUGAUAAUCGCCAUUUGCGCGGUGUCCAGCCUGUUGGUACUCACGCUGGUGUUGUACACCGCGCUGCGCUGCUCUGCAGAGCCCAUGGAGGGCUCAUGCGCGCCUGGGAAGCCCAUGCUGUUGUGCUCCAGUGAGAUCGGGAGCUGGUCCUACUCAAAGCAGAGGAAGCCGAGGGUGUGCUCUGGGGAGGGUCCACCCAAGACCGACCUCAUGGCCUUCAGUCCCAGCUUAUCUCAUGGUCCAGACUCAGCAGAAGAAGGACAACAGCUCUCAGGGUCAGAAUACUUAGGAAAGAGCGACCAACCAUUUGGGAAAGGCUUGCAAUGGUGUUUUCUUGGCGAGAAGAUCCUGGAGCUCAGCGCUUGCUGCUUUCGCUUCUCCUCCUCACAUCCUUGGAGGCAGGACGGCCAGCUGCACUACUCCAUUCCGGAGGAGGCCAAACACGGCACCUUCGUGGGCCGCAUCGCGCAGGACCUAGGGCUGGAGCUGGCCGAGCUGGUGCCCCGCCUGUUCAGGGUGGCGUCCAAGGACCGCGGGGACCUUCUGGAGGUAAAUCUGCAGAAUGGCAUUCUGUAUGUGAAUUCUCGGAUCGACCGGGAGGCGCUGUGCGGGAGGAGCGCGGAGUGUAGCAUCCACCUGGAGGUGAUCGUGGACGGGCCGCUGCAGGUUUUCCAUGUGGAGGUGGAGGUGAGGGACAUUAACGACAACCCGCCGGUAUUUCCAAUGGCGGUAAAGAAUCUGUUUAUUUCUGAAUCUCGACAGCUUGGCUCUCGGUUUUCGCUAGAGGGCGCAUCAGAUGCAGAUACAGGAACAAAUUCACUGUUAACUUACAGUCUUGACUCCAGUGAGUAUUUUACUUUGGACGUCAAAAGAAACGAUGAGGAAAUUAAAUCACUUGGACUCGUGUUGAAAAAACUUCUAAAUAGAGAGGACAUUCCUGAACAUCACCUAGUAAUAACGGCAGUUGAUGGCGGGAAACCAGAGCUGACUGGCACCACUCAAGUGAAGAUUACUGUCCUAGAUGUGAAUGACAAUGCCCCAGCAUUUGAGAAGACGUUAUACAAAGCCAGAUUACUAGAAAAUGCACCAAAUGGCACUGUGGUGGUGACUGUUAAUGCCUCUGAUUUGGAUGAAGGACCAAAUAAGGAUAUUGUAUAUUCUUUCCAUACAGACAUGUCAGCUGAGAUUCUGUCGAAAUUCCACUUAGAUCCAGUCAAUGGAUACAUCAGUGUAAAAGGUAACAUAGAUUUUGAGGAAACUAAAUUGUAUGAAAUCCAGGUAGAGGCAGCAGACAAAGGAAAUCCUCCAAUGACAGAUCACUGCACAGUUCUAGUGGAAAUAAUGGACGUCAAUGAUAAUUCACCUGAAUUGGUCACCAAGUCACUGUCACUACCUGUAUUAGAAAACUCUGCACCUGGCACUGUCAUCGCCUUGAUCAUCGUAUCUGAUCGUGACUCUGGAGCUAAUGGCCAGGUGACUUGCUCCCUGACGCCCCACGUCCCCUUCAAGCUGGUGUCCACUUUCAAGAAUUACUAUUCGAUGGUGCUGGACAGCGCUCUAGACCGAGAGACCACAGCUGAAUAUAAGGUGGUGGUGACUGCGAGGGACGGAGGCUCGCCUUCGCUGUGGGCCUCGGCCAGCGUGUCCGUGGAGGUGGCUGACGUGAACGACAACGCGCCUGCGUUCGCGCAGCCCGAAUACACGGUGUUCGUGAAGGAGAACAACCCGCCGGGCGCCCACAUCUUCACGGUGUCGGCGGUGGACGCGGACGCGCAGGAGAACGCGCUGGUGUCCUACUCGCUGGUGGAGCGGCGGGUGGGCGAGCGCGCGCUGUCGAGCUACGUGUCUGUGCACGCGGAGAGCGGCAAGGUGUAUGCGCUGCAGCCUCUGGACCAUGAGGAGCUGGAGCUGCUGCAGUUCCAGGUGAGCGCGCGGGAUGCUGGUGUGCCUGCCCUGGGCAGCAACGUGACUCUGCAGGUGUUCGUGCUGGAUGAGAACGACAAUGUGCCAGCGUUGCUGGAAUCUGGGGCCAGCGGUCCCAGUGCGACGGUGAGCCAGCUGGUGCUGAGGUCAGUAGGUGCUGGCCACGUCGUCGCAAAGGUGCGCGCCGUGGACGCAGACUCUGGCUACAAUGCUUGGCUGUCUUAUGAGCUGCAGUCAGCUGUGGGUAGUGCGCGCAGCCCGUUCCGCAUUGGGCUGUACACGGGUGAAAUUAGUACUACUCGGGCCCUGGACGAGGCUGAUGCACCACGUCAGAAACUCCUGGUGCUGGUGAAGGAUCAUGGAGAGCCAGUGCUUAUGGCUACAGCCACCGUGUUGGUGUCUCUAGUGGAGAGUGGCCAGGCUCCAAAAGCUCCAUCACCGGCAUUGAUGGAUUCCGCCAGCCGGGAUGCCUCAUCGCUUGUAGAUAUCAACGUGUACCUGAUUAUUGCCAUCUGUUCGGUAUCUGGUCUGUUGGUGCUCACGCUGCUGCUGUACCUGGCCUUCCGGUGCUCAGCAUUGCCCACGGAGGGCGCGUGUGGGUCUGGGAAGCCCAUGCUGGUAUGCUCCAGCGCGGUGGGGAGCUGGUCCUACUCACAGCAGAGGCAACAAAGGGUAUGCUCUGCGGAGGGCGCGCCCAAGACUGACCUGAUGGCCUUCAGCCCCAGUCUUACACCCUGUCCAGUUAAUCAGGAUAAAGAGGAGCAACUGGUUGCAGAUAUUGAUUUCUCCAUCAAACCGGUGGCGGGUGCUGCGCACAGCCCCUUCCGUGUAGGUCUGUACACGGGCGAAAUCAGCACUACGCGCUCCCUGGAUGAAUCCGAGGCGCCGCUACAGCGCUUGCAGGUGCUGGUGAAAGACCAUGGUGAACCAGCGCUGACAGCCACCGCCACAGUAAUGGUGUCCCUGGUGGAAAACGGACAUUCACCGAAGGUCUCAUCUAAGGCGUUGGUUGGAACCUCUGGCCCAGACUCUGCCCUGGUGGAUGUUAACGUGUACCUGAUCAUCGCCAUCUGUGCGGUGUCCAGUCUGUUGGUGCUCACACUGCUUCUCUACACCGCGCUGCGCUGCUCGGCGGUGCCCACGGAGGGUGCAUGCGCGCAGGGGAAACCGGUGCUGGUGUGCUCCAGUGAGGUAGAGAGCUCGUCCUCCUCUCAGCAGAGGAGGCAGAAGGUGUGCUCUGGGGAGAGCCUGCCCAAGACUGACCUCAUGGCCUUCAGCCCCAGCUUACCUCAGGGUCCUAGCGCUACAGAGAAUCCACGACAGCCCAACCCUGACUGGCGUUACUCUGCCUCGCUAAGAGCAGGCAUGCACAGCUCUGUGCACCUGGAGGAGGCUGGAAUUCUACGGGCUGGCCCAGGAGGGCCUGAUCAGCAGUGGCCAACAGUAUCCAGCGCAACACCAGAACCAGAGGCAGGAGAGGUGUCUCCUCCAGUAGGUGCUGGUGUCAACAGCAACAGCUGGACCUUUAAAUACGGACCAGGCAACCCCAAACAAUCCGGUCCCGAACCUAAAAAGCAGACCCAAGUUUCCUUUCUCCUCCGCCGCAAAGGAGAGGCUUCCCAGCCCCGCCAGUGAGAGUUGGACUCUCUGCCCUGUACUUCGGGGAUCCUGUCUUGAUGACACUUGCAAGGCAGGCUGAAAGGUUUUCAGAUUGAGCAGCUUGGGUAUUUGGGUAUGUGUGGUCACCAUGAGUGUUCCGGUGCAAGAUAAUGGCUGGGAUGGUCCAGAGUAGACUAGUAGGCACAAGAAAGGCUGGGAAACAAAGGGAAAUAAAUACCAUCAACAGGAGUCAUCAGUCUAGAGGGGGAAACGUGAAAACAGAAAGCAACCAGACUUUCUCAACCUCUCAAGUUAAGGUGGUGGUCAUCCUCUAGCAGACAAAACCACUGCACUGACAAAGUUUUAGGAGUCCCUAAAGUCUGUUGGCUGUGGCAUCAUUGUACCUAAGUGUGUGUUAUGCAUACAAGCCAGCAGUUCAAGUGUUUAACAGAGGGUCAGCCAGGGCAACAGAAGCGGAUCUGAUGUGUUUCCUGUAUAUGUCCUUGUGCUCACUUUAUUAAAAAUUCUUUUGCACACAAUGUUUAUGAAAAGGUCAGCUCCUUUUCUGACAACACAUAUGCAAAAGCAAAAGAAAAUAUCCAACACCUCACUUUAUGCUGUUUGAUGAUAGAUUUAUUUAAAAAAAAGAGAAAGUCUAUCUAUAGCUAUAAAUCUUUAAAGAAAUGUGAUAAAUACAACCUCCCCAAACUUCCCUCAAAAGAGAAUUCAAUCUACAGCCAUUUAAAUGAUCAUUGCUGCUACAGAAGUGCUUUAAGAGAAUUGCCUGGGACAUCUGUAUUAUAUCGGCCACCUGCCAAUCACAGCUUUACUCUUUCAGGUCACUCUGGGGCUGCCUCUUGCAUGUAUUAAUUACUAAAUAAAAGGAUCUUUCUCUCUCUCUCUCUUCUAAGAAAAAUGAUGUGCACUUUGAUUAUACAACCUUCUCUAACCCACUAUAUCAAGACCCAGAAACUGAAGAAUAUUAUUUUCUCAUACAUACAGUGAGCAGACUUUCCAUUCCUCCAACUCUGUGAUUGUCUUGAUGUGCUAGCCUACACCUUCUCUUUGUUUAGUUUUCCUUUUCUAUAACACUCUGAAUUGCUAAUCUUACUAACACCUAUGAUGUUACCUGAAAUCAAUCUCCCAUAUGUAUGCUGUAUGCUAUUAUAAGACUCCUGAAAUAUACUUACUCUGUGCUUGUGUAUGUGAAUGUUAAUGCAACUAUUACCUAGAGUGAACUUUAAGCUUUAUUGUUGAAUGUAAUCCCAUUAUAUUUCCUUUUGUACACCUGUGGAAAGUGCAGUAGUGUUUUUUUAAAAAAUCAUUGUUAAUCAGCUUUUAUGUAUGAAAGACACAGUAAAAUUUCUUUCUUAAAUCAAGAUGCUGGUGAUUCAAGGAAUUUUAUUUAUGGUCAGCUAAGAGCUGUCUCUUGUCAAGAUUCCUGCUGGCAAGGGAAUGGAUAAAACUGUUGUUUUCUAGUAACAAUUCUGGAAUAAAUACUGAAGAUAUUCCCUGAAGGUGUGCAAGCACAAAUUGUACCAAUCUGACCUCUUUGAAUUUGCAGAUUGCUUUGAAAUGCUGUCUGGAAUAUCAGCUCAUAGAAAGUAAUAAAAUUUACUGUCACCUUAACUAAGACAUUUUAAUUUUGUUAUGCACAACUCAGAAGCUUGAUUAAUUAUAUUAUCUAUUUAAAAGUUAAUAUAAAAGAGGUAGGAGUCUGUUUUAAAGAGGCAUAAAAAUCUCAAAAACAAACAAAAAAAAAAACAAACAAACCAUGUCUCGUCUUCUUUUAGCUUCAUUCUCCCAUAUUUUGAAGGGUGUGUAACUUCAGCUCUGCAGGAUUGCAUGGGGUAAAAUUUGUUGACAACACAUGUGAACCAUUGCUGCAUUGUAGGUUGUGAUCAUUUUGCCCCACUGAAGCCCAUGUAACUGACCUUACGUGCCUUUUGAACUAGGAGAAUCGGGCUAAUUUAUUAAUGAUGAUAAUUAUAAUGUAUCUGUACAGCACUUUUUAAAUUUAUGAAGUGCAUUCAAAUCCGUGUUAGUUACUAGUUAUUACAGCUGUAAGGAUAAAACACGUCAUGUGGAUUCAUUUUUAAUUGGUGCUAUUGGUAUUUCUUCUGUUAUUGCUAAUAAAUGGAAAAUGGUGGUAUG